CUACUCGGUCUUCCGCAUCCCCAAAACGCGAGCACCCACAGCCCCCCAAAAAAUCCCAAACCCCCAACGGCCAUGUCUCCGCUGCCCCGCCGCCUCCUCCUCCUCCUCGCCGUCUCCGCCGCCGCCACCGCGGCGGGCGGCGCGUCGCUCAAGGGCGCGGCGAACGACCUGCUCCCCAAGUACGGACUCCCCAAGGGGCUCAUCCCGGACUCCGUCGCCUCGUACACCUUCGACAAGGCCACGGGCGCCUUCGAGAUCCACCUCGCCAGCACCUGCUACGUCCACUUCGGCUCCCACCUCGUCUACUACGAGAGGACCAUCACGGGGAAGCUCUCCAAGGGCGCCAUCUCCGACCUCUCCGGCGUCCAGGCCAAGAAGCUCUUCCUCUGGGUCUACGUCACGGGGAUGGUCGCGCACCCCGACAAGGGCACCAUCGAGUUCCAGGCCGGCUUCGUCUCCGAGUCGCUGUCGGCGUCCAUGUUCGACGAGGUGCCCACCUGCGGAUCUGGUGUCGGCGCGCAGCUGCGCGGCGCCGCGGGGGUGAUCGGGGAGCUCGGCCUGCUCCCCGUUGCGCAGGCCUAAACCUCGAGUUGAGCAUCCGCUUCCAGCGACCUCCAGGACCUUCGAGUUUGCUGUCACGGGAGGCCUAGAGUGCAGGAAGUUCAGCUGUCGUCUGUUCUGCCUGUAACCAUACCUGGUUGUUGCUCCCAUCUCAAUGGUAGUGGAUCCUCUGUAGAAAUGUAUAUCCAUCUGCUGUUCCUGAACCUGUGUAGGUCGUAGAUAAAAUCCUCAAAUCUCUUUGUGCUCAUAGUCCCGGAUUUCAUGUAUUUGUGGAACCAUGAGCUGCCCCAGAAGUGAAGCGGCACUAGAACGAUGCCACUGUUUAAUUGAUGCGUGGUUCUGCUGAGCUUAUCAUC